AAGUAGGUUGUUGGUUUAUCUCAAAGUCAAAACAACGACGCGCGAACUCAUGGACCCAAACCUGGAUAUAAGUGAACAACAGCGGGCGGCAGCGCGUCGACUCUUUGGCGUGCUCUCUGCUACAGCAGGAUCGCCCGCUCACGUCAAUGCCGUUACCAUUCUUGGUGCGAAAGCUACACGACCCGGUUUCCUAACAACUGUCACCCAACCCGUUAUUGACAGCAAAACAGUAGCCGAUGUCGUAAACCAAUCACAAGCGAUCGCCGAACAAUUGAUCCGGCUCGAUAUUUUUGAAGACGUUCAAGUAUUACUCGAUCGCGCAACGGACACGGAUCCGCUGGCGGCUCCUGGAUCUAUUAACGUCUUAUAUCAAGUCAAGGAAAAGAGUCGAGUAUUUCUCAAAACCGGCACCGAGAUUGGUAACAAUGAAGGCAAUAUGAAUGGAUCGAUUACAGUACGCAACGUAUUAGGUGGAGCAGAAAUGUUGGAAUCAUCCGCAUCCUUCGGCACACGCAACAGCUCCGCUUUUCAAUUCGCCUUAUCCAAACCAAUCCAAGGAUCACCCGAUGCCAAGGUCGAUAUUAACGCCCACAGCGUCGUUCAAAACAACACACUAUACAGCUCAUAUGAAGAAGUAGCAAAGGGUGCCGGGUUACGGUAUAGAGGUGUGUCGCGCUACGGUUAUCACGAGCUCGGUCUCGACUGCACCUGGCGGAAUAUCGAUCGCAUCGCAGACACCGCAUCGCUCAGCAUUCGCCAACAAGCCGGUCAUACAUUAAAAACAUCCAUUCGCCAUGUAUUUAUGCACGACCGCCGAGACAACAUGUUGCUGCCAUCAACAGGCCACUACGUCAAAUGCACACAAGAACUGGCAGGUGGUUUUGGCAAUACCAAAUUCUUCAAGACACAGCUCGAAACUCAAUACUGCCAUCGCAUCGGUGGUGGACAGCUGCUUAAGGAUUCAGAAGGACAAUGGACGGGUGUUCACCCGGGUUUGGUAUUGAGUAUGGGACUCAGAGCUGGAUUCAUGGCUGCGGAAUCUGCAACAGUAUCUGACAAGUUUAUGCUUGGUGGUCCUCUGUCGAUCCGAGGCUUCAGAACGGCUGGUGUUGGACCUCGCGAUUAUCGGGAUGCAUUAGGCGGUGAUGCAUACUGGGCAGCAGGCUUCAGCGCGAUAUCACCGUUACCGAAAUACGAAGACAAACCAUUAAGAGCACAUGCAUUCGUCAAUGCAGGCACGUUGGUGCCUUGGAAGAUUGGUACAAACGCACAAGACACAGCACGAUCCCUCAUACAAUCACCCAGUGUCGCCGUCGGAUUCGGUCUCAUUUAUCGCCACAGUAUUGCUCGUCUAGAAUUAAACUAUUGUAUUCCACUAACAGCUGCUCGAGGAGACUUGGUGAAGCGUGGUUUGCAAUUAGGCGUCGGUAUAGACUUUUUGUAAUUGAAAAAGAAGAAAAAAAGCACAACCAUAUUCAAAACUAUCUAGAACAAACGGUUGAAGAUUUGAUUAUGUUGACAUGUUCGUCGAGGAUGAUGAUGAUGCUGAUGAUGCGGGGUUAAGAUUAUCGUUGUUCGUGGUGGUUCUGUGAUUGUUGUUGUGGUUACUGCUUGCA